AUUCAAGUUCCAUGCAACAAGAUUGUAGACGUGAUCUUAUAAAGCAUAUAUUGUUCGAAGCUCAAUCUAGUGCAAUAGGCAACAACCUAAUCGAAUCAUAUAAAGAAGAAUUUCGUUAUAUUGAUGAAAACCAAAUUUUAACGGAGAAAGAAAAAGCACUUGCAAAGAAAAUCAUUAGCUUUAAUAAAGAUGUUGAAAAUCUUCUCUUCGAAAAAGUACAGAAGUACAAACAUGAAGGAUGUGGUCGUUUCGGCUUUACUACUCUGUUUUGCGAACAUUGUGCUCGCGAUUGUCUUAUUAAUGAUUUCAAAAAUUGGACCUCAGGAAAUUCAAUUGUUGAUCGAGCUAUUCAAAACGCACAAAUUAAUUGCCCUAUUCCACGUAGAGUCAUAGAAUGGGUCCCUUAUAGUGACCUGUAUGAUAUUAAAUUUAAAACUCGUGGUGGUUUUGCAUCGAUUUACACUGCUACUUGGAAAAAAGGAUAUAUUUUAUCAUUUGACAAUGAUCAACAAUGCUUUAAAAGAUAUGGAGCCGAAAAUGUAAUUCUUAAAAGGUUAAAAAAUCCUAAUGCAGAUGAAGAAUUUUUAAACGAAUUAUAUUCGAGUGGAUUUCGAGUAGUAGCUUUGGGUGGGAUAUCUAAAGACCCAAAAACAGGAGAUUAUUUUCUUGUACUUGACCAAUACGAACGAGAUUUAAGUCAAUUUAUACGAAAUAAAUAUACUUCGCUAAAAUGGAUGAAUGUCUAUAAUUUAUUUUGGGAUAUUUCUACCGCUCUUUAUCGGAUUCAUCUCUCAAAUCUAGUUCACCGUGAUCUCCACCCCGGAAACGUUUUACAAAAAUUUGAUGGCAGUUGGAGAAUUUCCGACUUAGUUCCAGAAUCAUAUCUACGAUUAAUGUGCAAUUGUUGGAAAUCAAAUCCGGAGGAUCGUCCUAAUAUCCUUCAUAUUGUAGAAUAUUUUUACGCAAAAAUCAAAGAAACGAUGAAUAAUUCCAACGAUGUCUUAGUUGCGAUUCAAAAUCCUCCCUUUAAUGAUAGUAUUGUCAAAAGUCAAUUACAUGAAUUUAAGAAAUUUAUAAUACCUGGAGAUACAACACAGGCACAUAGUACUGAGCAAGAAAUCAUUCGCUUAAUAGAAUUUGAUAAACAUUCAGAAGAAUAUGUUUUUAUUUCAUCUAAAUUACAUUAUCCUAAUAACGAAAUAGCUGGACUGAGCUAUAAAAGCUUACAAGAUGAUCUUAAGCUUG